UCUUUAUUUCUCCUCCGGAACUCCUCUAGGGUUGGGUUAUAAUCUUCGUGAAGUUCUUUUUUUUGGGUUUACUAUUGGUUUGCCCUUAUUGUCUAUAUGACUUGAGUUUGGAGUGAGACAAGAGAGAGAGAAAGGGGGGCAGAGCCAUGGAGGGAGACGGGCAUCAGGUUCUGAUAUCGUGCGUUGUUUCUGGGACGCUUUUCUCCGUUCUGAGUUCACUUUCCUUUUCCAUAUUAUGGGCAGUAAAUUGGAGACCCUGGCGGAUUUACAGCUGGAUCUUUGCCAGAAAAUGGCCAGAUAUUAUACAAGGACCUCAGUUGGGUGUAAUUUGUGGCUUUUUGUAUCUGUCUGCAUGGAUGGUUGUUCUUUCUCCAAUUGUGGUGCUUGUCAUUUGGGGGAGCUGGUUGAUUGCUCUAUUAGGUCGCAAUAUUGUUGGACUGGCCGUGAUAAUGGCUGGCACUGCUCUUCUAUUGGCCUUUUAUGCCAUUAUGCUUUGGUGGAGAACACAAUGGCAAAGUUCAAGGGCAGUUACAAUUCUUCUUCUACUGGCUGUAGCCAUCAUAUGUGCAUACGAACUUUGUGCUGUUUAUGUCACGGCUGGUGCAAGUGCAUCUGAGCGAUAUUCACCAUCUGGCUUCUUCUUUGGUGUCUCGGCGAUAUCCUUAGCAAUCAACAUGCUUUUUAUUUGCAGAAUGGUCUACAAUGGAACUGGUUUAGAUGUGGAUGAAUAUGUGAGGAGGUCCUACAAAUUUGCUUAUUCUGAUUGUAUUGAAGUGGGUCCUGUUGCUUGCUUACCUGAACCACCAGAUCCCAAUGAGUUGUAUACCCAAAAAUCCAGUGGGGCUUCACAUCUUGGGCUUCUCUAUCUUGGGUCACUGGUUGUACUACUUUCCUACUCCAUCUUGUAUGGUUUGACAGCAAAGGAGGCACAAUGGUUGGGGGCGAUUACGUCAGCUGCUGUAGUUGUUCUUGACUGGAACAUGGGGGUAUGCUUGUUUGGCUUCGAGCUUCUCAAGAGUCGUGUUGCCGCACUGUUUGUUGCUGGAGCUUCUCGGGUUUUCCUCAUCUGCUUCGGAGUGCAUUAUUGGUAUCUAGGGCAUUGUAUUAGUUAUGCAGUUGUAGCAUCUGUACUGCUGGGUGCUGCUGUUUCUCGUCAUCUGUUGCCUGUGAACCCAUUAGCUGCAAGGAGAGAUGCCUUACAGAGUACAGUAAUUCGCCUGAGAGAGGGAUUCCAGCGAAAAGGGCAAACCAGUUCAUCUAGCUCUUCUGAAGGUUGUGGCUCAAGUGUGAAGCGUAGUAGUAGUGUCGAUGCGGGUCCACUUGGCGGUAUUGAUACUACUUGUAGAAGUGCAAUGGGUGAAGCUAGUAGCUGGAAUAACGUUGUUCUAGGUGCCACUGUUAGUUCCCAUGACGGAUUUUAUAGUGAUAAGAGCAUUGAUAGUGGAAGGCCUAGUUUAGCAUUGCGUAGCAGUUCCUGUCGUUCGGUUGUUCAGGAAUCUCAAGUGGGAGUAAUCUUUGGUGAUAAACAUUUUGAUCACAACAGCUCUUUUCUGGUUGGUUCUAGUGGCGGUCUGGAAAGCCUGUGCUGUGAGUCUAGUACAUCAACUUCAGCAAAUCAGCUACUUUUGGACUCGAAUUUAGCUCUUGCCUUCCAGGAAAGUCUCAAUGAUCCCAGGAUUGCAUCCAUGCUGAAAGGAAGGGCUAGACAUGGUGAUUGGGAAUUAGCUAGUCUACUGCAGGAUAAGGGUCUGGAUCCAAAUUUUGCUGUUAUGCUGAAAGAGAAGGGCUUGGAUCCAACUAUUCUGGCAUUAUUGCAGCGUGGUAGCUUAGAUGCAGAUAGAGAUCACCGAGACAAUACUGAUGUAGUACUUGAUUCGAACAGCUCGGAUAACGUCAGGGCCAAUCAAAUUUCAUUGUCAGAAGAACUAAGGCGUCAGGGAUUUGAAAAAGGGCUUGAAAUUUCCAGAAUGGUUUUGCGAAAAAUAGUGGGUACCCCAGAGCGAGCAUGGGUACUCUUCAGUGUUAUCUUUUUUAUUGAAACAGUCAUUGUGGCCAUUUUUCGUCCAAAGACAAUCAAAGUGAUCAAUGCUAUGCAUCAACAGUUUGCAUUUGGUAUUACAGUGCUGCUCUUAUCUCCUGUUGUGUGUUCAAUUAUGGCAUUCCUUCGGUCACUUCAAGCUGAAGACAUGGCUAUGACAUCCAGACCCCGCAAGUAUGGUUUCAUUGCUUGGUUGUUGAGUACCGGCGUUGGCUUGCUUCUUUCCUUCUUGAGCAAAUCAUCAGUUUUACUUGGCUUGGCUUUGACCAUCCCUCUCAUGGUUGCAUGCCUCUCUAUCGCCAUUCCCAUUUGGAUCCGUAAUGGCUACCAGUUUUGUGUUCCGCGAGUUGAAAAUGGCAGUCAGGGAGGCAACCAUCGAAAUCUUAGGAUGAUGGAGGUCACUGUUCUCGCUGCUUGUGUCGUGUUAUUCAUUGGAUCUGUGUUAUCUUUAGGUUUUAUAGUAUCAGCCAAACCUUUAGAUGAAUUAGGCUACAAGGGAUUGACUGGGGAUCAGAAAAGUUUCACCUUGCCAUAUGCAUCAUCUGUGUACCUUGGCUGGGCAAUGGCUUCAGCAAUUGCUUUGAUAGUUACUGGUGUGCUGCCAAUUGCAUCCUGGUUCACGACAUAUCGUUUUUCUCUCUCUUCUGCUAUUUGUGUUGGUUUAUUUGCUGUUGUUCUUGUGGUUUUUUGUGGUGCAUCUUAUUUGGAGGUGGUGAAUUCUCGGGAUGAUCAAGUUCCAACAAAUGGUGAUUUCCUCGCUUCUUUACUUCCCUUGGUUUGCAUCCCAGCAGUGCUCUCCCUUGGUUCUGGUCUUUAUAAAUGGAAAGAUGAUGACUGGAAACUUUCUCGAGGUGUAUAUGUAUUUGUUGGCAUUGGUCUUCUUCUUUUGCUUGGUGCAAUAUCAGCUGUCGUAAUUAUAGUCAAACCAUGGACGAUAGGAGUUGCAUUCCUUCUAGUUCUCCUACUUAUGGUCCUAGCCAUCGGUGUUAUCCACUACUGGGCCUCGAACAAUUUCUAUUUGACCCGAAUGCAGAUGUUCGUAGUCUGCUUCCUUGCUUUUCUUCUGGCUUUGGCUGCUUUUCUGGUUGGAUUAUUGGAAGGUAAUCCAUUUAUUGGAGCAUCAGUUGGUUACUUCUCGUUUCUGUUUCUUCUUGCUGGAAGGGCACUAACUGUUCUUCUUUCACCUCCCAUUGUUGUCUAUUCUCCAAGAGUGUUGCCCGUGUAUGUUUAUGACACACAUGCAGAUUGUGCAAAAAAUGUCAGUGCGGCAUUCCUUGUUCUUUAUGGAAUUGCAUUGGCAAUUGAAGGCUGGGGUGUUGUCGCUAGUUUGAAAAUUUAUCCACCAUUCGCUGGUGCUGCUGUAUCAGCGAUUACACUUGUUGUAGCCUUUGGGUUUGCUGUGUCUCGUCCAUGCUCAACACUUAAGAUGAUGGAAGAUGCUGUACAUUUUCUAAGUAAGGAAACUGUUGUUCAGGCAAUAGCUCGUUCUGCGACUAAGACCAGAAAUGCUCUCUCUGGUACUUACUCUGCACCACAGAGGUCUGCUAGUUCAGCUGCUCUUCUAGUUGGAGAUCCUACAAUCAUGCGAGAUAGGGCAGGGAACUUUGUGCUCCCUAGAGCAGAUGUUAUGAAAUUGAGGGAUCAGUUGAGGAAUGAGGAAUUAGCUGCAGGAUUGUUCUUCAAUAGAAUAAUAGCAGGAAAGACAUUUUGGCGUGAAUCAUCUGCUGAUGUUGGCCACUGGAGAGAGAUGUGUGCGCAUGCCCGUAUUCUGGCUUUAGAAGAGGCAAUCGAUACAGAAUGGGUCUAUAUGUGGGAUAAGUUUGGUGGUUAUUUGCUUCUUUUGCUUGGUUUGACUGCCAAGGCAGAGAGAGUACAGGAUGAAGUCCGCCUGCGACUUUUUCUUGAUAGCAUAGGUUUUUCAGACCUAAGUGCCAAAAAGAUUAAGAAAUGGAUGCCUGAAGACCGUAGGCAAUUUGAAAUAAUACAGGAGAGUUACAUAAGAGAAAAGGAGAUGGAGGAGGAAAUCUUAAUACAGCGACGUGAGGAAGAGGGAAAGGGAAAAGAAAGGAGGAAGGUGCUCUUGGAGAAAGAGGAGCGUAAAUGGAAGGAGAUAGAAGCUUCUCUUAUAUCCUCCAUUCCAAAUGUUGGAAGUAGGGAGGCUGCAGCCAUGGCAGCUGCAGUGCGUGCUGUUGGUGGUGAUUCUGUUUUGGACGACUCUUUUGCUCGAGAGAGGGUUUCAAGCAUUGCUCGUCGCAUUCGCACAGCUCAGUUGGCUCGUCGGGCAGUGCAGACGGGAGUUCCUGGUGCUAUAUGUAUUCUUGACGAUGAACCACAAGCAGGUGGCAGACACUGCGGCCAGAUUGACCCAAGCAUAUGUCAGUCUCAAAAGGUUACUUUCUCUAUUGCAGUAAUGAUCCAACCAGAUUCUGGGCCAGUUUGUCUUUUGGGUACAGAAUUCCAGAGGAGAGUUUGCUGGGAAAUCCUGGUGGCUGGUUCUGAACAAGGCAUUGAGGCUGGACAAGUUGGGCUCAGGCUAGUUACCAAAGGCAAUAAUCAAAGUACUGUUGCUAAGGACUGGAACAUUGGUGCUACAAGUAUUGCAGAUGGAAGGUGGCAUAUUGUGACUGUGACCAUUGAUGCUGAUGUAGGUGAGGCCACUUGCUAUCUAGAUGGGGGUUUUGAUGGAUUCCAGAGUGGAUUACCGCUGCAUACGGGCACUGGCAUUUGGGAUCAGGGAACGGAAGUUUGGAUUGGCAUUAGGCCACCAACAGAUUUGGAUGCGUUUGGAAGGUCAGAUAGUGAAGGAGCCGAUUCGAAGAUGCAUAUUAUGGAUACUUUCUUAUGGGGAAGGUGUUUGACAGAAGAUGAGAUUGGGGCUGUCCACUCUGCUACAAGCUCAUUUGAUUACAACAUGAUUGAUCUUCCAGAAGAUGGUUGGCAAUGGGCUUAUUCACCUAACAGAGUUGAUGACUGGGACAGUGAUCCUGCCGAUGUCGAUUUAUAUGAUAGGGAUGAUGUAGAUUGGGAUGGACAGUAUUCAAGUGGUAGGAAAAGAAGAUCAGAACGUGAAGGAGUGGCAAUUGAUAUGGAUUCUUUUGCCAGAAAAUUAAGGAAACCUAGGAUGGAAACACAAGAAGAAAUCAAUCAACGGAUGCAAUCCAUUGAAAUGGCUAUUAGGGAAGCUCUUUCUGCAAGAGGUGAAGCUCAUUUCACUGACCAAGAAUUUCCUCCUACCGAUCAAUCUUUAUUUGUGGACCUAGAAAAUCCUCCUUCAAAGUUGCAGGUUGUUUCUAAGUGGAUGAGGCCCACUGAAUUAGUUAAAGAGAACCACAUGGAUUCUCACCCAUGCUUAUUUUCUGGUGUUGCAAAUCCAUCUGAUGUUUGUCAGGGCCGACUGGGUGACUGCUGGUUCUUGAGUGCUGUUGCUGUUUUAACUGAGGUUUCACGAAUAUCUGAAGUAAUUAUUACACCAGAGUUCAAUGAAGAAGGAAUUUAUACUGUUCGCUUCUGUAUUCAGGGUGAAUGGGUCCCUGUUGUUGUUGAUGAUUGGAUUCCAUGCGAGUCACCUGGAAAACCAGCAUUUGCUACUAGUAGGAAGGGGAAUGAACUCUGGGUUUCCAUUUUGGAGAAGGCAUAUGCCAAGCUGCAUGGUUCUUAUGAGGCACUAGAAGGUGGACUUGUACAAGAUGCUCUUGUGGACCUCACUGGAGGGGCUGGUGAGGAGAUUGAUCUGAGGAGUGCACAAGCCCAGAUUGAUCUCGCAAGUGGGAGACUCUGGUCUCAGUUACUACGCUUCAAACAGGAGGGUUUUCUUCUUGGUGCUGGCAGUCCAUCUGGUUCAGAUGUGCACAUUUCAUCCAGUGGCAUUGUCCAGGGGCAUGCAUACUCGUUAUUACAGGUAAGAGAGGUAGAUGGCUACAAACUAGUUCAGAUCCAGAAUCCAUGGGCAAAUGAAGUUGAGUGGAGUGGCCCUUGGUCUGAUUCAUCACCUGAAUGGACUGAUAGGAUGAAGUACAAGCUGAAGCAUGUUCCUCAGUCAAAAGAUGGUAUAUUCUGGAUGUCAUGGCAAGAUUUUCAGAUUCACUUCAGAUCAAUAUAUGUUUGUCGGAUCUAUCCCCAAGAGAUGCAUUAUUCUGUCCAUGGGCAGUGGCGUGGUUACAGCGCUGGUGGUUGCCAAGAUUAUGACACAUGGAAUCAAAACCCACAGUUUAGGCUGAGAGCUUCUGGGCCAGAAGCAUCAUUCCCAAUUCAUGUGUUCAUUACAUUAACUCAAGGAGUGAGCUUCUCAAGAAAGACAGCUGGGUUCAGAAAUUAUCAAUCCAGUCAUGAUUCAAUGAUGUUCUACAUUGGAAUGAGGAUACUGAAGACGCGUGGUCGUCGUGCUGCAUACAACAUUUACUUGCAUGAAUCAGUUGGUGGGACAGACUACGUAAAUUCUCGUGAAAUUUCAUGUGAAAUGGUUCUAGAUCCUGAUCCCAAAGGUUACACAAUAGUACCCACAACUAUCCACCCUGGGGAAGAAGCACCAUUUGUCCUCUCAGUUUUCACUAAAGCAUCGAUAACCUUGGAAGCUAUGUAGUAUCUGAUGGUGGCCUAUCAGGCGGCUGGUUUUGUUGUGCUACAGUUGAGCACUUCUGCCUGGUCUUGGGUUGCUUGUGUUGUCCUUUGACUUGCACACAGUGGUCAUGUUUUGAUUCAACUACAAGUGGGUAUAACACCAGGACU